GCUGAGACUCCGGCCCCGCGCUCUGCGGCUCCGGCUCCUUCCGCGGCGGGCCGUGAGCCGCUGCCAUGUCCCGGAAGCAAGCGGCGAAGGGCCGGCCGGGCAGCGGUGGCCGCCGUGCCGAGGCGGAGCGCAAGCGGGACGAGCGGGCGGCGCGCCGGGCGCUGGCCAAGGAGCGGCGGAACUGGCCGGAGCCUGGCGGCAGCGGCUGCGAGGAAGAGUUUGUGAGCUUCGCCAACCAGCUGCAGGCCCUGGGGCUGAAGCUGCGGGAGGUGCCGGGGGACGGCAACUGCCUGUUCAGAGCUCUGGGCGAUCAGUUGGAGGGUCAUUCUCGGAACCAUCUCAAGCACCGGCAGGAGACGGUGGACUACAUGAUAAGGCAGCGCGAAGAUUUCGAGCCCUUCGUGGAAGAUGACAUUCCUUUUGAGAAGCAUGUGGCCAGUUUGGCAAAGCCUGGUACUUUUGCUGGCAAUGAUGCAAUUGUAGCCUUUGCAAGAAACCGUCAGUUGAAUGUGGUGAUCCAUCAGCUUAAUGCCCCUUUGUGGCAGAUUCGGGGUACGGACAAAGGCAAUGUGAGGGAGCUCCACAUCGCCUACCGGUACGGUGAGCACUAUGACAGCGUCCGGAGGAUCAAUGACAACUCAGAAGCGCCAGCUCAUCUCCAGACCGAUUUCCAAAUGCUUCAUCAAGAUGGAACAAGUAAAAAAGAAAAAAUCAAGACAAAAAGGGUGGACUUUGAAGAUGGCCUGAGAGAUGAAGUGGAAGAUGCUGUCCAGAAAGUUGUCAAUGCAACUGGAUGCUCAGAUUUUAAUUUGAUAGUUCAGAACCUGGAAGCUGAAAAUUACAAUAUCGAAUCUGCAGUAAUUGCUGUGCUUCAGAUGAACCAAGGCAAAAGAAACAACGAAGUGGAGAACCUUGAGCCUGAUGACCAGGUGAAGCAGUGUGGCCCUUCAUGUGAGGAGGCAGGCAGCGGCUCCAAACUCUUUGGAAGUCAGGGUGGAAAUGAAGGCAGGACGGAAAACAGUAAGGCUCGGGCCAGCCCUAGUGAAGAAAACAAAGCAACCAGAAGCCAGCUCCCCAAGGUUACAAACAAGCAGCGGAGGGAGCAGCAGCGACUAGAGAAGAAGAAACGCCAGGAGGAGAGGCACCGCCACAAAGCCCUGGAGAACAGAAACAGCCACAGGGACGCCAGCAGAAGCGAAGCAGAGGUGAACACGCAGGUCACCUUGGUGAAGACCUUUGCUGCUCUGAACAUCUGACUCCCAGGCCCUGAGAGGUGGAGGCCGAAUGCUGCAGACAAGGCUUCCCGGCUGGCUGUCCUCUGACAAUGGGACAACUGACAGCGCCGGCACACGAGCCCACAGGAGUCAGUGUUCCUCAGGCUGCCUCUUUCUGUCCUGAGCUUUGUUUGUCAGUAUUUUGUUGUGUGACAGUAUGGUGAUGCCAUUCACCUUCAGGAGCACAAACAAAAUACUGAGUCAUAGACAGGUCAUGGGGUAGGGAGGCUUUAUUUGCCCUGUGUCUGAUCGAGGGGAUUCGAAGCUCUUGCCGUGUGCGGUGGGUUUGCUGCAUUCAUUCUUGAAGUCGUUUGCACAAUCAUUAGAAAACCACACUGACAACUUCCUUUGUUUCUCUCUCAUUUUCAAGCAGGGAUGAACAUCCUGGUUAACCAGCUUAGGAGCAUGUUAAGAUUUGCUUUGCUUCCAGUACAGGUCACUCAGACAUGUCAGUGCUAUGGGUGGGUGGGUGGCUCACAGUGGUCAGAGACAUCAGGUCCCUCUCCCUUCUUCCUGUCUCUGGUUUUAUCUCGGAGAGUGUGACUGCCCCUCCCUUCUUCAGAGUGUGGUGGAUGUGCCUGGCUGUGGGUGAGCUCUGGGUUUUGCUGGGAGCCCCCACAGCGCAGUGGUAUUUAGGAUGUUUUUCUGGACAGUUAGGAGAUGGCGUGGCACUGCUCGUGGCACCCCCCUGAGCCCGGAUGUGCAGGGGGAUCUGGGGGCCUCUUAGGUUUUUCCCUGGAAGGAUCUAAAGACUUCUGUGGGAGCAGUGUAUAGGAAUAGUUUUUCUUGCUUGAAUUUUGAGUAACUCUAUAUUUUUCUUUUGCUAUGCUAGACUCAGGAAGAUGCCUACAGAGAAAUAUCUGCUUGUUUGAUCGUACAGGUUGUACGUUUUCUUAACAUGUGAAAAUGGAAUGAAAUCCCAUAACAUAGCAGCCAUGGUGGCUGGAGCCAAGCCUAUAAUCCCAGCACUCAAGCGGAGGCAGGAUUCCAGAGGUCAGCCUGGGCUGUGUAGUAAGUUCCAGGUUAGCCAGGGUUAGAAUAAAAGGCCCCAUUUCACUCCGCACCUAUGGUUGUGGGGAGCUUACAACAUGUAUCCUGAUUUUUUUUUUUUUUUUAAAUUUAAGCCUUAUUUGGUAUUUUAAACAGUACAGCAGUGGCUGGGGAGACGGGAUGUGGCUCAGCCAGCUGGCAGGGAAGGAGAGGCGCUGUUCCCCAGACAGGUUAUGUGGAUGCUAGCUUUAAACUGUCAUGUGUGGGGUGAACAAUCAUGACUAAAAUCGUUGCCCUCUUGGAACCCAGUAUUUGGACUAAUCCUGUAUUCUGAGUCAAAAGAUAAAUCAUUUGUUGUCAAUAGAGGCAAAAAAAAUUACAAAAAUAUCUAGACACAGACUGCACUGUCUGGGCAGGUCACGGAUUCAUCCAGUUGUCUUAUCAGCAGGCUGCUUAGUUCUUCAGUUUAAUGAUGUCCUUUAAUUUUCCAUUAGUUUGGCUUUGGGACUUUGUGUUUGGAACACAGAAGUCUCCUGGAAUCUCUCCCAGGACGCUGUGUUGCUUCCUGUGUACAGGACAUUGCAGUGUAGUGCAGAUUUGCAAACUACAUGGCAUUUUUUUUCUCCUCAGCUAGAGACUCAGGCUUCAGUCUCAGUAAGGGAGGGCAGUGGCUGCUGUGCUCCAAGGGACAGGAGUGGGGCUGCCUCUGGGAGCCAGUGUUCUCUGAGAUCACCAGGGCAGGGCAUGAAUGGAAGCUCUCUGCUCUCUGUUUUGUACUGCUUGACCACAGAAUGCCAGGACCUUGCAGAAAGGUCAGGGUUGUUUACCAAAACCUCAGGGUUGGAAGUCAGAGGUGGCAGGCUGGGGUAGAGUGUUCAGUGAUGCAUGCCUGGUCGUGGGAAGUCCUGUCCAUCCCUAGUACUUAAAAGUCCAAGCUCUGGCUAGCUCUCAGCAGCCUACAGGCACUCGCAAAGCUGCAGUUGACCUAGCUGAGGAAGGUGCCUCCGGCCUCUUGGGUGUCAGAGCUGCUCAUACAGAAUGCUUUUCUUUACAAAUUUGCAUUUAGUUCUGAGUUACCUGCCUCUGGCAGUAACUCCUGCCUUCUGGAACACAGCAGUUUCGUCUAAGCAAGUUUCUCUUGUCACCAUCCAGCUCUCCGGUGUCAGUUGAUGUGUGUUUCUUUAACAUGCUGGUUAUUGGAAGUGGGGUGUCUGCACCCAGCUUCAGCGUGUUGCCCAGCUCAGUCUCGGGCUGUGGACCUCACUACCUCAGGUUCACCGAGUGAGAGGUGGAUGGUCUGUAGGCAUUACCACGUUAGUGGGCACCUGACAGUUACCUCAUUGGCAGCUAGGGUGAGGCCCAGCUCGCGAGCUUUGAGGUGACGACAGUUAACACUGUUCCUCCAGUCCAGGUAGUCUCAGAGGAGCUGCCCUGGGAAGGGAAGGGAACCUGUUAGCCUUCUGGCUGAGUCUUGGCUGCUGCCUGAGCAUGGUAGCUCAUCAUGAGGCCACAAAGAAAAGCCACGGAGCUUCAUGGCCUUAUAAACUGUGUAGAAAGGUUUCCUAGAUUUUAAGAAUAAUUUAAGGCUAAAAUAAAAUAAAAAAAUUGUUGGCAACCCUUUUGCACUGUAGGCAGAUGAAUUAACAUGGUCCAUACCUCCAGAUGGUAUAGCCUACCAGGAGACAGUGCUGAGAAUACAGAUGUUCAUUUGGGUUUUCUACAGGAACAUUUGCCCUCAGGGAGCAAAGUCAGGCAGGAAUUGUGGCAGCACGAAGACUCUAAAUGCCAACCAGGGUUGCCUGUGGUUUCUUCUGUGAGCUCCGAAAACACUCCGGCCCUAAUUUGAUUGUGAAAGUGAACUGGGCUGACCUUGCAGGGCAGCUGGAGUGGGCUCAGUGGGGAACCUUUCUGUAGCGCAGGUACAGUGCCUCACCCCGCUGGGGACCGGCAAAGUGGAGCUGCUGCAGCAGGGCUGGCGGCAGGCUCAGGUUAUCAGGUAGAGUCGGGCGGAGUGUGCCAGUGGACUGCGCUCACAGUGAGGCCUUGCAGUCAGUUUCACUCUGAGAAACUGCUGUCCACCUGGGUUUUACCAGGACAACAUAGAGUGCCCUUAUUUUACCUCUGAAAUGUUCAGCUCAGACGUCCAGCUGGGUAGAGGAAGCCCAGGUCCCCAGAUAGUGGACUCCGUCCCCUCAAGCAGAGGAUGUGUGAGCACAAAGAGGAGGAACCUCCUGAGAGUUGUGGCCUUUGCAUCCCUUCUGGAGCCCUGCGUGGGCUUGCAGCUUCUCACCCUUACCUCUGGGCCCGGCCAGGGCCAGGGCUUCAGUUGUGUCAUUCCCUUUACCUGCUCUGUGCCUCCUUCUCCUUGAAGGGUGAGUGUUGCUCACACCUGCUGCCCCCAGCAGUCCAAGAGGCGCUCCCACAGGAGCAUUUUCCGUGUCCUGGAAUGCCUGGAAUCCUUGAGUUGAAGGUAGAGCUGCAUGUUUGGGUUCUAACAGUUGACUGCUGAAUGGAGGCAAUGCCAGGCCUCUGUCAUAAGUGGGAGGGCGGUGUGUGUGGCCCCCUGCACUUUGAGAGCUGUGUGCUGUGAUAGCCUGGCCCUCUGUCCCAGGGGAACUUCUGACAGUUUGUUCAGUCAGUUCUUUCUAGAGUCUCACGGUUCCUGGAGAAGGCUGGUGGCCUCUGCACAGUUACCACUUGCACAGUGAGUUUACAGUAAGCAGGCCGUACCUGUGAUCCAGGGCUCCUUUGCUCUGUCCCGAGCACAGAUAGAUACCUCUGGGCUCUGAUCCUUGCACAGGAGCGUGCUUCAGGCCCCUGUUUCAGCCUCCAUGGCAGUCAGUGAAGCUCAUCGGCCUUCCGCCUCUGCUCUGAUCCCUGAUAGAGCCUGUUGAAACCUUAGCCCUGCUGGCGUGGGGCUCUCCAUGUCUUCCUAUUCUUAGUGGUUCGUUUUUUCCAUGGCGGUUACCCUCCCAGCUUCCCUUACUUGCACUAAGCUCAGACAAGGGGAGAUAAGGACCUUGAGUUAGGCUCAGCACUCACCACCCUACUCCCCUUCUCGGUCACAAUGCUGGUGUGUCUGUCCCCCUAGAAAGAGGGCCAGUGUGUCCGCCUUCUUUCUAACUACACUGUACUUGUUCUAGCUUCGGUCUAGAGACGUCUAAGGUCUCCGUGGGGUCAUGACCCCUAGAUUUAGCAAGUCUGCCUUAGCUAGGGAGCGUAGUGGUGAGAAAUAACCAUAUUCAGGUUCUUGAGCCCAUUUGCCCUAGGCUGUCUCUUUUCACAGAUUGUGUUCUUCUGAGUCAUUUUAUUUUUUAUUUACCAAAGUACUGUACUUGGCUAUUUGCAGUGUUUUAAGAACCAAAUAUUUUUGUGUUUUUAAUCUUCAACACUUGGUGCAAUAGGAGCCGCGAAGACAUGCCGCUCUAUCUUUGAAAUGGGUUUUAUACACCAAUAAAUUCUAGUUCAAAAGCAAA